ACCCUUGAUGCCAGUGCUGAGGAGUGCCACGCCCCAGUGCCCCACCGUCGGCUCUCCAGUGCUCCUCUUGCUUCCACGGCCGGAACAGCUCCCACUCCCUCACAUCUUGACUCGUGAGGAGUUAAUCAGGUUGUCUUGUUCCUCGCCGGCUGACUGACCCUCGACGCCACCACCAUGCCUGCCCAAUCCACAGGAACCGCGACGGUCUCCGUCACCAAGACCUCCUACAAAUCUGGCGCCAUGACCCCGGAUAUUCAGACCUCCACACAGACCAUCUAUGCCCAAACUUCCGCCCUGGAGGACAAGAUUCGCCUUCUUAUGGACGACAUUGAGUACGAGAGGGAGCUAAGGCAGAGGGUUGAACGCGAUAAGGCCGAUCUCAGUGUGCAAGUUAUCCAGCUGACUGAGCGCAUUGAGGAGGUCGAAGCCGGCGCCGAUGGACAGAUUGAGAUCAACAAGAAGAGGGACGCGGAGCUGGCCAAGCUGAGGAAGCUGCUGGAAGAUGUGCACCUGGAGAGCGAACAGACCCACCACAUCCUCAAAAAGAAGCACCAGGAGGCCGUGGUGGACUUCCAGGACCAGAUCGACAUUCUCACCAAGUCCAGGAGCAAGGUCGAGAAGGAGAAGGCGAAGGCCCAGACGGAAGUGAUUGAACUGUCUGAGCAGCUGGAGAAGAUGACCUUUGAGUCUGCCUCGAGCCACAAGACCAUCAAGUCCCUCAGCGUGCAGAUUAGCGAACUCAACAUCAGGGUGGAGGAACUCAGCCGCACCAUCGUGGACAUCACCUCCUCCAAGCAGCGCCUCAGUGUGGAGAACGUGGAGCUGACGAAGGUGGUGCAGGAGCUGAAGGUGAAGAUCGAGGAGCUAAACUACAGCCUGAAGAGCAGCAGCAGCACCGUCGAGGAAUUCAGGAGGAAGUACGAUAGUGAGGAACAGCGUCGCCACAAGCUGGAGCUGGAACUGACCAAUGUUGGGAACGAGCUUGGCGUGGCCCGCAGGUCUUAUGAGGAGGAGUGUGAGCUUCGUCUGGACAUGGAGCGCAAGUACAGCAGCGAGGCACAGGCAGCACUGGCCUUCAGGAGCAAAUACGAACAGGAAUGCCGCGCCCACGCUGACGAUGUUGACGAAAUGAAGAAGAAGAUGAACAUCAAGAUCCUGGAGCUGGAGGAGCACAUCACCACCCUCACGCAGAAGGUCACUGGUCUCGAGAAGCAGAAGAGCCGCCUGUCGCAGGAGAUCGAGAUUCUCAUUCUGGACUUGGAGAAGGCUAACAACAACCACAGGGAAGUGAAGGCUCGUCUGGAGACCGUGGACCGUGAAUACAAGACCCUGCUGGUGAAGUACGAGGAGCUGAACAUGCUUUACGAACAGACCUCCAAGGAUCUGAAGGUGCGCACCGCUGAAUAUACCAAGAUUGUGCAGGAAUAUGAACACGUCAAGGAGAUCCACGAGAAGCUUUCCUACGACUUCAAGAAACUCAGUGUUGAGAAUGGUGACCUGAAGGGAACUGUUGGUGACCUGACCCGCCUGAAGCACGACCUUGAACUCGAGAUCCGCCGUCUGGAGGCUGAGAGGAACGAGCUGGCCAACGGUCUGAGCGAGUCUGAGAACGCCCGCAAGGAGGAGGAACACCGCUUUAUCAGGAUGAGCAACGAAUACCAGAGCUACAGGGUGGAAAUAGAGAAGAAGCUGACCAUUAGGGAGGAAGAGCUGGAGUCUGUUCGCAAGCAGAUGGCCAUUGAGGUGGACAACCUGAACGCCCGUGUGGUGGAGGCCGAGACCCGCCUGAAGUCCGAGGUGACCAAGAUCAAGAAGAAGAUGCAGGUCGCCAUCACUGAGCUGGAGAUGAGCCUGGACACUGCCAACAAGUCCAACAUUGACCUCCAGAAGACCGUCAAGAAGCAGGCCAUCUCCCUCCAGGAGCUCCAGGCCCACUAUGACGAGCUUCAGAGGCAGCUGCAGACCACCCUGGACCAGUAUGGCGUGGCUCAGCGUCGCAUCCAGGCUCUUACUGCUGAGUACGAGGAGGCCCGUGGCGCCCUUGAUGCUGCCACCCGUGGUCGCCGUGCCGUUGAGAUGCAGUACGAGGAGGCUUCAGCUCGUCUGAAGGACCUCACCACCAUCAACGUGAACCUCAGCAACGCCAAGAGCAAGCUGGAGCAGGAGCUGUCUGUCAUUGCUAGCGACUACGAUGAAGUUAGCAAGGAAUUCAAGAUGAGCGAGGAGCGUCUCAGCAAGACCACCAUUGAACUGAAGCGCACCAUCGAACUCCUCCACGAAGAGUCUGAACGCUACGUCAAGAUCGAGUCCAUCAAGAAGUCCCUCGAGGUGGAAGUCAAGAACCUCAACAUCCGCAUCGAGAACAUCGAGGCCAACGCUCUCGCCAGCACCAAGAGGAUGGUGUCCAAGCUCGAGGCCAGGGUGCACGAGCUGGAGGUGACCCUGGACGAGGAGAGCCGCCGCCACCAGGAGACCAUCAAGAUCCUGAGGAAGAAGGAAAGGAACGUGAAGGAGCUGGUGCUGCAGUGCGAGGAGGACCACAAGAACAUCCAGAUCCUGCAGGAGACUCUCGACAAGACCUACGAGAAGAUCAACCUGUACAAGAGGCAGCUCAACGAGUCGGAGUCCGUGUCCUCUGCAAACCUGACCCGCGUGCGCAGGUUCCAGAGGGAGCUGGAGGCUGCCGAGGAGAGGGCCGAGGUGGCUGAGAGCAACCUGUGCAUGAUCCGCGCCAAGCACCGCACUCUCGUCACCAGCCAGACCACCACCUUGCCCGGCGGAGAGACCGUCAUUGUCAAGGAGACCGUCACCCAGGAAUAAGCGUCCUGCCCCGCUCUCCGUUUUCUUUUCUCAUCUUCAGUGAUGUUGCUUUCUCUUGGUUCUUUUUCCUCGUCUACUUCUUCGUGGUGUUCUUCUUAGUGCCUCUGGGUUGAUUGGCUUCUUUUUCUCUGUUUUCUCUUUUGUUUCUCGUCUCUUCAAUUCUUUUUCAGGGGUACGUUCUUGGUUCGCUCUCUUCGUUUAUCUAUUCCUUCCUUUAUUGACGUUUCUCAGCACUGCGCUUAUUUUGUAUAGAGUCUUCAUUUGACUACUCCUCCGCUCUUCCUCCUCCUCUUCCUCCUCCUCCUCCUCUUCCUUCUUCUUUUCUUCCUCCUCGUAUUUUCUCGUCAUUCGAAGCAAGGCAAAAUUGAUCCUAUAUAUACACUUCACGUAUAUAAACACUACUUAUCUCCUUCUCAGUCAUUCGCUAAUCUAAGAAAUUUUAAGUAAGGUAUGAUAAAGAAGUAGAAUAUAUUGAAGAUGACGAUGAUGAUGAUGAUGAUGAUGAAGUUAAUUUAUUCACUAUUAAAAGCUAUCACAGACACACCAUCUGGAUAGGAUACAUUACAAUUAUUAUUAUUAUUAUUAUUAUUAUUAUUUUAUCUAUUUUUUUUCUUUUUUUUUUCCUCGAACGCCAGAUUAUUUAGCCGUCUACAGGUUCCUCCGCCCCUAUUUACGUUUUCUUUCUCCGUUUUCUUUGUCUCCGUUGUCUAGCGGGGCUCAAGCAGUGGAGGGUCGGCCAGCAGAAGGCAGUAGGCAGUAGGGAGCAGAGAGGGGCGUGUCCUUUGGCUGUGUCGUGUAUCUGCUUUUCGAGAAUUUCCAUGUAGAAGAUUGGAAUAAACCAUUUGUUGUACACUCAGGCUUAUUAGUGAUUCUGUAGCCAGCCCGCGCACUUGUAGCUUCCUUGUGCGUGUGUGCGUGUGUGUGUGUGUGUGUGUGUGUGUGUGUCUAGCCUCAUGUCUCCUCCAGUACAAUAUUUACCUUACAUACGUACAUACAUGGCUGUGCACAUAACAUGAUCUAUACUUUUGUGUGUGUGUGUGUGUGUGUGUGUGUGUGUGUGUGUACAAAGCUGUAAAGACCUUACUUCUUAAUUCUAUCUUUACUUCCUUUCCAUCACUAAUAACUUGGAUUCCCAGUAAACACACUCACAACAUCAGUAACAAGAACAACAGCAACAGUCUCCUUAACAACCACUAACCACUAAAACACCCACAACUAACUAUCCGUCCUGUAGAUAAUAGUAAGACAUCACAACCUCACCAGUAGUAUUCAGAAACGCCUGGCUUUCUCACCACUAUCUUGAAAGGCCACAGAAAUGAUCAGCCAAGUUCUCAAGAGUGUUUCUCCUAUUAAUAGUGUAGAAAUGUUACUAAUCUGCCACAAGAACCAUAAAAGCACUCUUAAAAACCAGUGUGGCCAACUACAGCCCUUUGAGUGUAGAGGUGUAGCCAAGAGUGCUUUAGAAUAUAGUGUUAGUCUCAGUAUACUCGCCUUCUUGCAGCGUGACGUCAGCAUUUUCAGCGUGACAGUAGUUGAUAAAAAGGGCAUUGAUGAUAACUAAAGGGAAUGAAGAGUGAGAGAAUGAGAGAAGGGUGAAAAAAAAGAAGAAAACUAAUGAUGAAAGGGAAAGUGAUGAAAAAAACUAACAGAAUAAAAGAAAGAGGAACGAAUGAUUCUGAAAAAAACAAACUAACAAGAUGAAUAAAAAAAUGAAUGAAAGUAAAUUGAACGUAAACGAAAGGAAUACAAGCAUGAGUGAGAACCAAGUGAACACUACAGACACACAGACAGACAGACAGACACAGGAGGAGCACAGGAUUGAGGGCUGGGGUGCCUGCCGUGUGACCUUCCCUGUGACCCUUCCCGACCUUAGCUGGGGCGAGGUCAAGGUCACACUCCCUUAGGCUGGGGAGUCAACGAGGGGUGUGACCUUGAGAUAAUUGGUCACAAGUUAUUAUUACAUCAUUAAAGAUCAUUAUGGGAAGGGUCUGCCAGGGAUUUUCGGCCAUCUCUGCAGGCAUCGUGGCUGGGAAAACACUAUCUUGCCCUCAAUUCCUUCCGGGGCUUGACACGCGGCAAAUGACACGCUUCACGUAUCACUGAAUCCCGAAGCAGUAACAGAAUCACCUUAUUAAUACGCUAGAUCAUAAUGACUUAGAUUGUAUGAAGUGAUUCGUUUGUUUCACUUUGGCUGCUUCAACAGCUUCACUUCGCAGCAGCUUCACCGCGUCACCGUGUCACUGAGUCACUUUUCGAAGCCUCAGCUCGAAGCACUGGUGAACCCCGACGCAGCAUUGCCACCGCGCCAUCAAUUAGAGACUAAAUUCAUCUUCCUCCUUCCUGUUUCCUUCUGCCGUCUCUUCCUAAAAGUUUUGAACCUGACUCUUGGUUUCUUUUAUCUUUUGUUUCUCACUCCUUCAAUUCCUUACCUCGCGGGAGUCCUGUAACAUUGCCACGCCUUCUCGAGGUCCCACGCCGCCCUUGGAACCCUGGGAGGGCGUGUGUGACCCCCUCUACACACAGACACCAACUGAGGCCUCCACCACCCCGGACAGCUGUACUGGAAGAUUGCUGCUCAUGCAAGACCGUCGUACCUUUGCAAAACUCUCGUACUUUGAACAGAAAACACUGUAACAUUGUACCGGGUAGAGAAACGAUACCUGGCGGAGUGAAAUACCUGUUGUGUUGACUUGUUUACUAUCCAGCAUCGCGCCAAGGUGUGUUCAUGGAGAGUCAAGUGUGUGUGUGUGUUUACCCCAACGGAGAGUCUUGUCACGUCCUCCAGUGCGGCUGCCAAGGGGUGACUGAGGAGCUGGUGAGGCCCGGGAGGUUCCAUGCUUCCCUGGGUGAGGCGAGUGUGGUGGGUGUGGCGCCCCUUGUGUGACGCCACAGUCCAGACAGACAGUCCUUCAGAGGAAUCCUCACAUACAUUAUACACUUUGAAUAAAAGGGCUACGUUGUC